GCCAAAAUGCAUGGAAUUUUCCUCAGCCCGUUCGUAUCCGUUAUGAGAUAAUCAACUGUAGUUUCUUUUUUGGUCGAACUAUGUUCUGAGCUAUGCACACCCGCUUCACUAUCCACGCUCUCGUCCGCCUUCUCAAGGCCCCCACAGACCCACCUUCACCAGACGGACCAUUCAAAAUCGACAUCGCGAAUGAUGUUUGGUCGGAUACGUCGUUUGGUGCUGUGAAAACGGCCGAAGUUCUUGUCGAAUGGCUGCUGGCCUCUCUCGCACGCGAUGGAAGGAGCUCCAUAUCAAAUCCUAAAUAUUGGUUGCUGCUACAGCAGACACUCUCGUCUUCUGUGUCCUCUGCUCGCCCCUGGAGAUCCUGGCUCCUGCCGCUAGUCUAUCGUAACAACUUUGCAGGAAUUGUCAAGGAACUUAUCUCCCUUUCACACGCCCCCGACGUCGAUCUUGGCGGUGUAUAUGCACCUGCACGUGCCGUGUUUGCGACAUUAUGGCCCUGGGCUGAGAAAAGAGCUGGCAUGGAUUCUCUCAUGGAAUGCCUCACAGCCGUAUUGGGCGUUUCUGUGCCUUGGAACGAUGAUUUGGCGUGGAUAUGUAUCAUGGUAGUCGAAUCAUACAGAGAGGCUCUUGGGAAAUUCGGGAACAAGAAGAAGCUAUACACUAUCUUCCUUUCGACACACAUGCUCCAUUGGACUCGUACCCUUUCGCCCUCCGUAGCUUCUCAGUCGUUGAAUGCACAAUCAAGCCAAGAAGACCCGUCGUCGAAAACCCCGAAACAACUUCAUGACACUCUUUACUAUGCAGGUAUCGAGACGCUAUUCUCCGUCGAAGGUCUCAGGCAGCCUCUCGAUACGUUAUUGGAUGCACUUUCGCGCGUAUGCACAGACCAUCAUGGCCUUUCCCUCCUGCCAUGCCUUUUUGCUGCCCGUCUUUGUGCAGUAAAUCGCCACCGCACAACGCUUUUCCCCUCUUCCUCCGGGUCGGCAUCUCCUACCCUGGCCAUUCGUGAGGCCGUGCGCGCUGAUGCAAUGGAGGUUUGGGAGUCCUGCUGGAAGGUUCUUUUACGCAAUACCGUAACGAUGGACUCCGGACCGCAAAGGAAGGGCGCAUGGAUGGCGCUCGUAGGGAUCUUGGACGUGAUCGAAAAGGAGCGCCUGUAUACCCCGCACACAACUGUUGGGUCGGGUAAUUGGAACGCGGCUCCCGGUCGUGAUGCGGAGUCUGCUUUGAUAGAAGCGAGGGAGCUUGCGCUAGUCACAGUCGAGCGGGCUGGUCAAGUUUGUAACUCGAAUGACAUGUCGGUCGUGACUCUGGCAAUAGAUGUUCUCGACGUACUGGUAAGAGUUGAGUAUGAACUGAUAGGCAGCGAGACGCGGAGGUUACUGGGCGCUAUUGUUAGUUUGGUGCGCCCGCUCUCCUUGCGGACAGCGGAUGCGAUUGAGCGACUACUUUCGGACCUUCUCGAGUAUCACACCAAGACCCGCACGGUACACAUCUACAUCCUCACGCUUCUUACUGCCCUCUCUUCACUCAGCCUGCCCGAGUCGGUCUCCUCGCAAUCUCUCCCUAUACCACCGCAUGACGUGAUGUUCAGUCCACUUCGGACACACCUUUCGUGGCUCACUAGAGCUCUCCGUACGGCUUUGACGCCUGUACAAUCUGUAGAAUUGGGGCCGGCUGUUUUGGAAGAACUUACGCGGGUGUGGAAAGCAUACACUGCUGAAAGAGGUCGAAGUCGACGCGGCGAUAAGCGACGAAAAACUGACGAAGGGGAGGAGAUACCAACAAAAGGACACGAUGAUGACGAUGGCACGCUGCGGUCGAAGUGCCACUCGUUAGCAGUUGGAUUUGCUUAUGUUGCCCGCGUGUCCGGCGCCGUUCUCGCGAGCCUCCCCCCAUAUGCGUAUGUCCCCGACACUCAGGAUCCAGGAGUCCCGUGGGAUGAGGUUGGGAAGCUGGGGUGGGAUAUCGCCUGGGAGUGCAUGCGUCACGGACGAGGUGAGUGGCAAGAAGUAGCUCCCCAACGCGAAGACGAAAGCAAGAGAAAGAAGCGCAAGAAGCGGCAACGCGAAAGGGAGCGGCAGGAUUCUGAUAUGCUAACUUCGGAUGACGUCGUCGCUUCUGCUGCGUUGCGAUGUCUAUGUGAUGUCCGCGCCCGAUUGAUACGAGUUGCGAGCUCGCCAACGCCUGUGACGCUAGGCCAAAGUGACGUAUUAGGAAGCGAUGAAAUCGAGGAGUUGCUGGGCGUCGUCCGGGACGAAGGCACGUCUGCAGAAUUAGUACUAGAAAUCGUCAGGACACUCUUCGCGCAAGUUUCCCAAACGCGCGGCUUCCAACAUGCUCAGGCUGGUGCCAUUAUCAAGACGAGCAUCGAUAUUUUAAUUCGCCACUUCUCCCCUCAAAGUCGAUGGUGCGGCUCUUCAGCAGCGCUUACGCGGGAAAACUUGGGCGUUGCCCUACUUUACGUGUUAGCUGAUCGGUGGAUAGACGUCGUCGAUGCAGCCGCUCCGGAAGAGGUGCUCCAGAGGUUCAUCUGCCUUCUCUUGACCAUUCGAUUGGAACUUCCAUUUGGAACUACCAACGAACUUGACGGACAGUUGGGUUCACACUACGACAUUUCACCCCGCGACAUUCUUCUCCUUGUUCUAAGGAAUGCACAGUUCUGGGAGUUGCCCAAUAUGCGAAGUGCCUUCCUGUCGUUUGCAUUAAAGCAGACUUCCCUUCUGUCCUCAUCUUGCUUCCUUUCUGGGUCUACUGGGACUAACGGACUUGACAAACUUGAGCUUUUACGUGCAAGUGAAGUUUACACUCUUCUUAUGUAUGUACCUCCCGAGUACUUCACCCGGGCCUCUCGCAUGGAACUUGUAAAGAGAGCGGUAGGUGGUGACGUCGCCACAUGCUCGGUACUUCAGGUCGUAAGUGGCGGCGGGACAGCGGAUCGGAGUGACAGGGAGCACUUGGGGAAGGGAAAGGAUAUGGUUGAUUCACCGCAAAUAUCUGAUGCUGGGUAUGAGAUGGACAUGGACGAAGAAGACGAUUCUGGAGUGCGAAUGCUCAGAGAACUCUGCGUCCACCAUCUCACGGUAUUCCGUGCCUUCCUGUAUCGUAUGGGCCAGUUUACGAACGCGCUGGAUUGCACCACAUCUCGUGCAUACGUCGAACAUUUACUGCAGUCACCAUCAAGAUUGGCCAUGUCGCCAGAUGCACUUACAAAAGAGACGUUAAAUCUUGUCUCGUUUCACCUAUUUACUCUCCUCCGUGCUCAGAAUUCCGAGGCAUCAGCAGCGGUGGCCAGCAUACUGAGUAGUCUUGUUGCUGCUCAACCAUUCUCCGAUACAUUGUCGCAGGGAUUAUGGCAACAUGUGCUUACCCGAUCUGUUGUGUUCCGGCUCAUUGAAUGUCUAAGAGAACACCAUUCUCCAGGAAGCCUUGCGACAGUUGUUGUAUCCGCGCUGAGAACACUGUACGAAUCCUUUACACCCGUCUUCGUCUCAGACGGGGGACAAUCCAGAACCAGUGGCGCACUUGCAUUGAGCGACCACGUUGAAGCUCGUUCUUAUGCGUUAUCGUUUGGGCGGUGGCUAGGGAUUGACAUAACUGGUAGCGUUGCGCCGAUAGGCAUAAAAUUAGCGACUGGGGUUAUGCGAAGCCCACUGCGCAGUCCCUCGCUGCCGGUAGGUGCAGACCGUGCAACGAUGUGUCCUCGUGUACUGGCUCUGCUGUUCGAGGAGCUUCGAUGUUUCCCCAAUAUUUCGGACUCGGCAUACCUCGAGAUAAUCGCGGCACUGUAUUCAAUACAUGGCACUGAGAUAGAAGUGCGCGACACCCUGGAUAUGCAAGUCACGAAGGCCACAGCAGAACUGUCGGUAGACAGUUUUGCACGCCUGCUCAGUGUGAUAGGAGAAGGAAUCGAGGACCCUUGGCUUCCGGUGGGCCAAUGCAAAAGCUUGAUACACCUCUCGACGAUCUUGCUGCAUGAUACACCCCAAGGGACUCUUAAGGUGGUCCAAGUAUUCGUAACGCGCUGUCUCGAUGCCUUCAACGAUCAACCUCACCUAUACGGAGGUUCAACGGAAUUGAAAGAACACUAUUUGGAACUGAUCGCGAAGCAUUGUUCUGACAGACCCGCUGCUGUGCGUUCAGCCGACCUCGGAAACAUCUGGUCUUUGCUCUGUAAAAUCCUAUCGGGGUCCACCGACCACGACACCGCCACCUCGUUUGCGACUUUUCACUGCAUCGUUUCUAUAGCAGGCUCUCUCGUUCGUCUGAGACGUGACAUAGUUAUUCAUACGCUCCCGCAUCUAGCCUUCGUCUUGCAUCGUUUGCUGUUGAUAAUGAGGCGCAUGCGCCCCCAGCUAGGCGCUAAGCAGAGUAAACUCGUCGCGGGAACACUUCCGUCUUGGAUUUCACCAUCCCAGCCGCUCGGCAUUGCCGAAAGCCGUGCUCUUAGUCGACUUCUCACCGCACUCACCGUCAAAACCGUCCCUCAUACGCACACAACACAACAUAUCGCGAUUGCCGCCGAAACACAAAAAGCUGAAUCGCUGGCAAAGCCUUUCGCAAAGCAUGUAGGACACGUCCUCUUGGCAUACAUCGACUCUAUGAACAACCCGUUGUGUAUCCUAACACCGGAUAUACGACGAGAACUCGAGCCUGGGCUAUUCUCAUUAUGUGAAAUGCUUGGCGAGUACAAUCGAGAUGCUCUGAUGGUCUCUGCACUGGAUUCCGGCGGCAAGACUCUCAUGAAGUCGCUCUGGAGGGAGUAUGAGAAGCAGCGAUAUGUAGGGAAGGGGUAACACGAUAUGUAUCUGUGGCCUUAGAAAUGUCUUCGCCUCUCAGCGAGCAACAAAAUCGUCCGUCAAGGGAAGGAGCACCGAGGCAUAUGUUCUAGAAGCUAAUCUAUUCAAGUUUAGUUGGAAAAGCCUACGUAGUGGCAUAUUACAAGCGACUAAGGCAUGGAGAUUAAUAGGUGUCCCAUUAGAUAGUUAUGCAAAUUUUGUAAGAGGCUCUGCAACUUCCAUGGCUAUCC